UUCUAUCUUUCUAUUUACUUUAUAAAUACCAACUUUGUAAGGAGAAAUCUCGGCUCAAAGCACUCAGUCGAUAAAGGAAGAAUAUUCUUGCAGGUUUCCUCUUCGGCUCUCUCUCUCUCUCUUCCCACCCUCUCCCUCUCCCUCUCCAAAAAGACAAUGGUGAAGCGUCCCGUGAAGUACUCUGUGGUGGACGCCUUCACCGACACAGCGUUUAAGGGAAACCCCGCGGCGGUGUGUUUGUUGGAAGAAGGAGAAGAGAGGGAUGAGAAGUGGAUGCAAGCUGUUGCUGCGGAAUUCAAUAUUUCGGAAACCAGUUUCUUGAUUCCGAUUUCCUCUACCGACUCGGACGCUAAUGACCUUUCGAAUGGCCAUUCUGUCCCACGGUUCCACCUCCGCUGGUUUACUCCUGUCACUGAGGUCAAGCUUUGCGGUCAUGCAACAUUGGCAUCUGCCCAUGUUCUUUUUACAUCCAGGCUACCAAGAACAAAUGUUAUUGAGUUCAUCACGCUAUCUGGAGUUCUGAUUGCUAGAAGGAUUCCUAUAGUAAGAAAUGUGGAUGCAUCAGAGUUUUCAAGCGGUGAAGCAGAAGACCAAUUCUCCAUAGAAUUAAACUUCCCUACAUCCCCUGUGCUUGAGUGUGAAUUUGAAGACAUUCCAUCACUUACUGAAACCCUCAAUGGUGCUUCCGUCGUCAAUAUAAGUAAAACAGCUAAAGCUGGUGACGAAGACCUCAUUGUUGAGCUCUUAUCUGGAAAGACAGUUGCAGAUUUACUACCACAGUUAGAUGAAAUACGAAAAUUUCCUGGAAGAGGAGUCAUUGUUACUGGGCCAGCUCCUAAUGGAUCAGGAUUUGAUUUUUUCAGUCGAGUUUUUUUCCCGAAAUUGGGAAUUAAGGAGGAUCCUGUUUGUGGGAGCAUGCAUUGUGCCUUAGUGCCCUAUUGGAGCAAAAAGCUGGGAAAAUGUGAUCUUGUUGCAUACCAGGCAUCUCGAAGGGGUGGAGUACUAGAAUUACAUUUAGAUGAGGCAAACCAGAGAGUACUGAUUCGAGGCAAAGCUGUUGCUGUCAUGGAAGGUUCCCUAUUAGCCUAGCUUGGGAAAUAACUUCCUCUUCCUAUGCAAAUUGUACCGGUAUUUUGCAAGUAUAAAAUAUGUUAUCUAUUCUUCUGUUCUGAAGAUCUCACAUGUAGGACUUCCUUCCAAUUUUGUAAUUUCAGCUCUACCUAUAUUUAAUUCACGUAUGGCUAUUAUGAGACAA